AUGAGAUUGAUGAACGACGUGUUCAGGGAGUAUUUGGACGUGUUUGUCAUCAUUUUCAUUGACGAUAUUCUGUUUCUGGCAGCGAGAGAUGGGAUUUCUUGGCCACAUUGUUUCUGCACAGCGAGGCUAUCAGAGAUUGGCCUAGACCUAGUAGUGCCACAGAGAUCAGGAGUUUUCUGGGUUUGGCAGGAUACUACAGGAGGUUCGUCAAGGGGUUUGCUACCAUGGUCGCAGCCGAUGACGAAGUUGACCGGGAAGGAUGUCCCGUUUUUUUGGUCAGCUGAGUGUGAGGAGAGCUUUAGUCAGCUCAAGGAGAUGUUGACUACUACACCAGUGUUGGCGUUACCCGAGCCAGGGAAGCCUUACAUGGUGUAUACAGAUGCUUCAGGCAUUGGUCUUGGUUGUGUGCUGAUGCAGGAGGGCAGAGUGAUAGCAUAUGCUUCGAGACAGUGGCAGGGCAGUGAGCGUAACCGUCCUACACAUGACUUAGAGUUGGGAGCAGUGAUCUUCGCGUUGAAGAUUUGGAGGUCUUACUUGCUAGGUGAGACAGUACAGGUCUUCACAGAUCACAAGAGUUUACAGCAUAUCUUCACUCAGCCGAUGAUGAACGCGAGACAGACGCGCUGGGUUGAGUUCUUGGCGGACUAUCAGGUGAGCAUUAACUACCAUCCGGGCAAGGCUAACCUAGUGGCGGACGCGUUGAGUAGACGGAGGUAUGAUUCCGCAGUUGAGCGAGAUGUGGAGUCUCUGGUUGGCGAGAUCAGUACCUUGCGUUUGUGUGCCAUUUCGCAGGAGCCUUUGGGUUUAGAGGCAGUGGAUCAGGCGGAUCUACUUAGCAGGAUCAGAGUUGCUCAGCAGAGUGAUCAGAGUUUGCUGGAUGCGACGAGAGUGACUGGUUCUGAGUAUGAGGUCUCUGCGAAUGGGACUAUCUUGGGAGCGACCAAGAUGUACCAUGACCUCAAGAGGUACUAUCAUUGGGUCGGGAUGAAGAGGGAUGUAGCAGAUUGGGUUGCGAAGUGCAACACUUGUGCCUUGGUGAAGGCAGAGCAUCAGGUUCCGGGUGGUCUUUUGCAGAGUUUACCCAUUCCAGAGUGGAAGUGGGACAGGAUUACGAUGGAUUUCGUGGUUGGACUACCUGUUUCGAGGACUUUCGAUGCUAUUGGGAAGUUUGUGCGAGAGAUUGUGAGGCUGCAUGGAGUGCCAGCUAGUAUUGUGUCAGACCGUGAUCCCAGAUUCACUUCAGAGUUUUGGAGAGCUUUUCAGGCAGAGAUGGGCACUAAGGUGCAUUUGAGUACAGCUUAUCAUCCGCAGACAGAUGGUCAGUCAGAGAGGACUAUUCAGACUUUGGAGGAUUUGCUGAGGAUGUGUGUGUUGGAUUGGGGUGGCCAUUGGGCAGAUCACCUGAGCUUAGUUGAGUUUGCAUACAACAACAGCUUUCAGGCGAGUAUUGGCAUGGCUCCAUUUGAGGCUUUGUAUGGGAGGCCAUGUAGGACACCCCUAUGCUGGACCCAAGUGGGGGAGCGCAGCAUGUAUGGAGCUACUUAUGUUCAGGAGACUACAGAGAAGGUCCGUGUUGUGAGGCUGAACAUGAAGGAGGCUCAGGAUAGGCAGAAGAGUUAUGCAGAUAGACGCAGACGAGAGCUUGAGUUUCAGGUUGGAGAUAGAGUUUAUCUCAAGAUGGCUAUGUUGAGGGGUCCUAACAGAUCCAUAGCAGAGAACAAGCUGAGUCCGCGUUUUAUGGGUCCGUUUCCAGUAGUGGAGCGAGUUGGGCCAUUGGCUUACAGGCUGGAGUUGCCUGAGAUUAUGAGAGCCUUUCACAAGGUUUUUCAUGUGUCGAUGCUGAGGAAGUGUCUUCACCCUACAGAGGAUGGUUCUACAGAGGAGACUUGGGAGCCAGAGGCAAAGAUGAAGUUGAAGUUCAGGAAGUGGUUCGACAAGCAGGUCGAGGAGUGA